AUUUUCUUUGUGACCCCCUUCACACUUGCUUUUUACUGUUGUCUUUUCAGUUUUCAUUCUACUGGUUGGUUCCCUCUUUCUCUCUCUCUCUCAUCACAAAACCCUCAUUCUCUCUCUCUCUACAAUCUGAAGCAAACUCACACAAAUGAGAGGAGUAAUGGGAAAAUACCCAUCAAGUGAUGGCAAUGGUGAAGUUGGUGGUGCAAAUGGGAUCAUAAAAACCAACAGAAAAUGCAGAGAUGUUGUCUUUCUUGUUUUUUUCAUUGCUUUUUGGAUCGCCAUGAUUGUUAACUCCAGUUUUGCCUUCAAUCAAGGAAACCCAUUGAGGCUAAAUUUCGGGUUGGAUUAUAAAGGAAAUGUAUGUGGAGGCAAACACAAAGAUUUCAACCUCCAUGAGUUGGAACUCAAAUAUUACGUUAACCCGAAUCAAGUUUACCAAAGCGGAUUAAAAAACAGCGGAGCAAAACUCUCUAACGCGCGAACAAUAUGUUUAUUGGAUUGCCCAACUCCGUCCGAAGAUUCAUUGAACUGGGUUUGCGAUUAUCCCGAAGGAGAUAUCCGUAUUUCAUUAGACGAUUGGAUCGAUAUGAAUUACGAUUAUUACGCUGAUCUUACUCCAGAACUAAGAAACUCUUCUCUUCAGCUUCAAGGUCCUUGUUACCCCGUUAUUUUUCCAAGCGUAAACGUUUAUUGGACUUGCCAAUUUGUUGAUCGACCGUCAAACGUGUCGUUAACGCAUUGGAAACAAUUGAAUGGUGUUACCAUUGAUGAUGAUAUGGUCAUAGAUAAAUCUAUUCAUAACUCCAUUAAUCAACGGUCCGCAGUAUUGAAGAGAUAUGUAGCUGAUGUUGGAAAAUCAUGGCCCGUUUUGAUUGUGUGCGGAGGACUCUUGCCUCUAGGUUUAUCGUUGCUAUGGCUUUUAAUGAUUCGACAUUUUGUAACCGCAAUGCCAUGGGUUACCGUAUUCUUCUUUAAUGGCCUUAUAAUAUCAGUCACAAUGUUAUACUACUUAAAAGCUGGAUGGAUUGGAAACGAUGCUAUCUCACCAAUCAUUGGUGAGCAUGAUCCGUAUUAUCACGUUUCCGCAAGGGAGCAACAUCAUAUCCGUGCAGCUGCGUUUCUCAUGACUUGUGUUAUGAUUGUUGCCGUUUUAUCGUCUAUAGCUAUCGUUAGACGAAUUCUUAUGGCAACAUCUGUACUCAAGGUAGCUGCAAAGGUGAUUGGAGAAGUUCAUGCUCUAAUAAUAUUCCCGAUUGUACCAUAUUUAAUCCUCGCAGUCUUUUACAUGUUUUGGUUAUCGGCUGCUCUUAAUCUUUUUAGUUCGGGUCAAAUAGUCCGCAACGACUGCAACACAAAUUGUUGUGCGUACGAUCUUAAAGCCAAACGCGUCACUUGUGACGAUUGUUGCGGUUAUAGUAUCCAUUACACCCCUCACAUAGCCGCUUCCAUUCUGUUCCACUUGUUCGGGUGCUAUUGGGCCACUCAGUUUAUCAUCGCAUGUUCUUCAACCGUGAUUGCGGGCUCCGUCGCUUCAUACUAUUGGGCUCGUGGGGAAUCUUCGACGACUAUUCCGUUUCUUCCGGUUUUUUCGUCAAUGAAGCUACUCAUGCGCUAUAGCCUUGGCUCGGUGGCUAUUGGUUCCUUGAUUGUAUCGUUUGUUGAGUCGACCCGGUUUAUACUCGAGGCUGUUCGCCGGAGACUUAAAGUUGCUGACAUCAUGCCCGAAAACUGGAUUAAAAGAGUGUUGUUUUAUACUUCGCGGGUUUGCUUGAAAUGUAUUGAAUUGACCGUGAAAUCUGUUAACCGCAAUGCAUACAUUAUGAUUGCUAUAACAGGAAAAGGGUUUUUUAAAGCUUCCGAAAUGGCAACAGAUUUGAUAAUUAGUAACAUUCUCCGUAUAGGCCGAGUGAACGUAAUCGGGGACGUUAUACUCUUUCUCGGAAAACUAUGUGUAAGCCUUGCAAGUGCACUUUUUGGAUUUCUCAUGUUGGAUACUCAUAAAUACAAAUCAUCUCACAACAAGAUCACAUCCCCGUUAUUUCCGGUGCUGGUGUGUUGGGGUUUAGGAUAUGUGGUGGCGACCCUUUUCUUUGCGGUGGUGGAAAUGUCGAUCGAUACGAUUAUACUUUCGUAUUGUCAGGAUGCGGAGGAACAUCAAGGGACCGCACAUUAUGCGCCUCCGCUUUUGAUGGAAACAUUUGAUGAACAGAAUGAGGUGCAAAGAAUUGCACAGUAAAGGUUACAAUAUGUGGUGGGAAAUUUUGUUGUAACUUUUUUGUGGUGGUAGCAUUGUUAUGUAGUAGGUUAUGGUUAUGUGUAUGUGCAGAGAAGAAGUGAUGAGAACUAUAUAUGAAGAGUAUUAUGAUAUAAUAUAUAUAGAUAUAUAUAUAGCCACAUAUGCAAGUUUUGGAUGCAUACAA